AUGACUGGCGAAAUCUUUGAAGAAUGGCUACACUGGUUUGACAGACAAAUGAAGGUAGAAAAGUGCUUCUUUUUGUGGACAAUGCACCAUCCCAUCCUCAGGUUUAAUCUCAAAAAUGUCAAUGUUAAGUUCUUACCACCAAAUACAACAUCUCUAUGCCAACCAAUGGACCAAGGAAUAAUUCAGGCAAUGAAACUCAAGUACAGGAAGAAACAACUACAGUACGUGAUCAGUCAAAUGGAACUUAAGCAGGGAAAAAGUGGAUUUGAUCUGUUGAAAGAUAUAAGUGUGCUGGAUGCAAUUUACUGGGUUGCACGUGCAUUUGAAGAAGUUGAAAUAAGCACCAUUGUUAAGUGUUUCGCGAAGUGUGGAUUUCAGUUAAACAGUGUUGAAAGUGAAAGUGAAUGCACAGUGUUGAACGAUUCAGAGAGUGAUGAAGAGGAGGUGAUAACUAUCCAAUAG